UUUCAUACUCGAGGAGGAACGCGCGAGAGAGUUCAACUCUUUAAACUCGACUGCGCAUGAGCUUCUCUGUCAGGAAGGUUUGGCUUCUCCUGCCGGGAUGUACACGACGGGACUCAACCCGUUUUACGCAUCGAACUUUAGCCUUUGGACCGCGUACUGUUCGGGUGGUUUUGGGGUGGAUAGCAUGAAAAAGCCCUCGUUCUGCAUUGCUGAUAUUCUGCACGUCGGAGAUGCGGAAAAUAUCCCCGGUUCGUCUUCGCUUAUGGCUCAUAUUGGGGCGCGCGCGUCCGGGUCUCCCCUGCGCCCGUCCCCGGUCACUCCAGACGCGCGCGCGUAUCACCGGCACGGAAUACACUUGACAUCAGUGUCCAGAUCCCCCAUGCACGCGCAUUCCGCGCCCCCGCCGUCCAGCAAAGACCUCAAGUUCGGGAUUGAUCGGAUAUUAUCCACAGACUUCGAGCCGAAGGCAAAAGAUGCGCCAUCGUUGAGAGAUCUCACAUCGAUUGUUAGUCUGAAUCGGCAGUCAGCAGUCCAUGUGUCUGCCAGCCCGUACUUCGCGUCCAUAGACGAAACCUCCUCCAUGAUGGGUUCAAUAAGCAGACAAUCAGGGCAACAUCAGUUUCAGGACUCCUUCCCAGGGCCGUAUGCAGUGCUUUCCAAAGACACAAUGCCACAGACCUACAAGAGGAAAAGAUCCUGGUCCAGAGCCGUGUUCUCCAACCUGCAGAGGAAAGGCCUGGAGAAGCGCUUCGAGAUCCAGAAGUACGUCACGAAACCGGACAGAAAACAACUGGCGGCGAUGCUGGGCCUCACCGACGCACAGGUAAAAGUUUGGUUCCAGAACCGGCGGAUGAAAUGGAGGCAUUCCAAAGAAGCGCAGGCGCAGAAGGACAAAGAGAAAGAACCGGAUAAAUCCACCGAGACCGAGCAGAAAGAGCGCGACGACUCCGAGUGCGAAAGCGAACCGAGCGAGUCCGAAUUCGAAGACAAUACGGAGGACAAAAGCGACGUGGACAUUUCUGACCUCAACAAAGCCAGUGUGAUUAUUCCCGGAGCUCCGACUGUCAGCACGCAGGACACAACCAGCACACACUCCACGACAGAACCGAGUCCAGCCACACGAGUCCUGCCGGAACCGAGUCAUCUGAAGUGAACAAACACACGAACCUGCCAGAACCGAGUCAUCUGAAGUGAACACCUUAAACACACGAGUACUGCCGGAACCGAGUCAUCUGAUGUGAACACCACAAACACACGAGUAUACUGCCGGAACCGAGUCAUCUGAAGUGAACACCUCAAACACACGAGUACUGCCGGAACCGAGUCAUCUGAUGUGAACACCUCAAACACACAGCGUCUGACGGGACAGAGACAUCAAAUACAGCACACACACACACACACGCAGGCCUUCUCGAGCCAUCGGUUCAUCAUGUCUUCCAUCGUGAAACAGGCCCUUCGUGAUCCCCGAGGAAGGAAAGCAUCGCUCUGCUUUAACCGAAUCGCUCGUCUUUUUUAUGACGAUUUUGGAAUCGAAUGUUCAUGAAUUAAGACUUGAUUGUAUUAUAUUUUGUCUGUAAGUAUUUGCACUGAAAAUGUAAAUAAACAUUUGUUACUAAUA